ACAAAUUACGUAACAAAAUGAAUUUUUCAAGCAGCGAAACAAAGUACGUUCCACACGCAGAAAUUUCGAAUGAAUUGCAGUUUGUGCUUGUAUUUAUAUUUGAUAUGUCACAGGUGGAUAAAAUUUGGAAAGCCUCACGACUUCGUCUUUGUUGGAAAGGAGACCAUCGCAACGGCUUCUGGCAUUUAUGUGAGGUUUUUGGAUCUGAACACGAGAGAAAGGCGAAUCGAGCGUUUCGACAACAAAGAAAGGGGCGAUGGCGCAUCGUGUUUGGCUGGACAUUCGGUAGUUCCCAUAUUUUCCGUGGUCGAAAGGAAACCUAAUCCUAAGAUAUCAGUAUUCGCGUAUCCAACGCUACGAAGAAUUUCCAGAUGCGCGCUUCCUGAUAAAGUCAAUGAUUACUUAUCUUGUUCUUUCGCUGGCACGGAAUAUCUCGUAAGUCUGACCAGCUUUCCCGAUUUUCGACUGAUCGUGUGGCUCUGGAAAACCGGCAAUCACGUUGCUGCGCUUAACACGAAGAUAAAUAAUCUUGUCCAAGAAAUUUAUUGUUCAUCAAAUUCGCCGCACUUGAUAUCGCAACUCGGUGUCACCGAUGGCACAUUCGCGGUUUAUCAAGUGCGCACGUGCUCGAAAAUCGUAAGUAUACAUCACAUGAACGUGCCAGUUCCGGAGUGCAAAAUUGUGUCUUCGUCCUGGACGCCGGAAGGAAACCUGUUUGUCUCGGACGAGUUUGGCAAUGUGUGGCUCGUGGCAAUAGAUGCUAAUAAAUUAUAUUCAGUAGUAAAAUCGGAAACACACGAACCGCCGAAGAGCAAACCCAUCGUUGUCGCUCACAAGGGUGCAGGUGGUGUGAUAGUUGUGGAUGCUAAUAAUGAAAUUACAUUGUACAAAAAGUCAUCAGCAAACUGGAAUGUGUCAUGGCAAUUUGUGUGGUCUAUUUCGACUUUCUAUUCCGUCCAAGCAGCAAAACAACAUUGUUUCAAAGAUGGGAUUUUAUUUCACUCCAGAAGUGGAGAAAUUUUUGAGAUCAGUACGCAGCAGGACAAUGUUCCUCACGUAGAAUUUACUCAUACUGAUGAGAUAGAAUACAAAGCAUUGCUUUCUGUAUCUCAACGUACAGAUCACGUCGCCGCGAUAGACCGGUUAGAUCGUCUUUGCAUUUUCGAGUUAUCCACCGGCAAAUUGACAGCAAGAUUAUCCCUGAGACACCAUGGCGAAGUUCUUGCUGCAAAUUCACAUCCUGUUCUACCAAUGCUUGCAUCAUGCAGCAUCAGUGGCAAUUGCAUUUUCAUUGAUGUCACAAAUUCUUCAUCACCUAGAAUAUUUAAUUGUUUUCAUCUUCACAAAGACCCUUUGGACAGAAUAAAAUUUUCGCUCCGUGGCGAGCUUUUAGGAAUCGGGAAUUCCCAAACUGGCAGAAUAUUUAUUAUCGAUAAGCAACGUGAAGAAAGGCAAGUGGAUGUUCUCGGGCUUAUAGAAGUUGGCGGACAUAUCACUGAUUUCCUGAUAUACGAAAAGAGUAACAAUCGUUUCGAAAUCUUGGUUCUUAUAACGGCGAAUCCUUCCAUGGCUUCUGUCGGUGGUAACAAAGUGCUCGUAUACAAUUGCGAGAUCUCGAGUAACUUCUGCGCGCAUGCCACGUGUGUGAUUAAUUUGUUGACGCCUUAUAGAAUGCUCUAUCAUUACGGAUCAAAUCAGCCUCUAAGCAUAUUGUGCAUACCCUCUUUAUCCAAACAGUUGCAUCAAAUGGAAAUACAAAAUGAUUUUCAAGAUAUCAAGCUGACGCGAGCACUCUUCGCGGUGCACCAAAUGAGAAACAUCGGCAUAUUCGUGACCAAUUCUCGAGUGAUAACAUACGGAUACGAUGGCUUAGUUAUAAUCAGAAACAGCAUAGAUCUUUGCAAGGUAGCCGCGGUUUUUAUGCCGCACCAUCGUAGCAAAGGAGGCAUAAAAUAUGCAGUUUCCUCGCGCCUUGGGGAAACAAUUGUUUCCCUCGGAAGAAACGGAGAUCUAGUUGCUAGUCGAGUCCGAUUACCAGAAGCAAGAACAAACUUGUUGGAAACUGGCACUGCAAGUGUACAUUUGUCGGUCAAAGACUUUGCUUCGAGUUCCAAUGUAUUCUACAAUUUAGAGGAAGAGACUUGGUUGGAUAGUGUAACCGCUGCUAAAUUGAAAGCCGAACGAGACGAAAUUUUACCUGUACGAGCUUCCAUCCUAGCCGAUCUGGAGAAGAUAAAGAAACAAAUUCGCGAGCUGCUCGACAUCAAUGAAAGCAAACCACCAGAUGCCCAGUUACCGAUUUCAGCUUUCGACUUGAAUCGCGAGUCUCGGCAACGAAAAAUAGAAGAGGCACGACUUGAACGAGAGGAAGUGCGUCGUAACAUCGAAGAAGAAUGCGCUCAACGAGACCAGCUGGUAUCGUACUUGCGUGAAUUAUUCUGGGAACCUUUGUUAGUUAAAUCAUGUGCUCUCAAAUCUAUCGGUGGUGAUACGACAAUUCGGAAUUAUCCUCUCGUCUCACCUACUCGGAAAAUGAAUGGCAUUCAGGCAUGGGAUAGGCUAUCUGCGGAUACUGAUGAAUUUUUAUACAGCUAUGACAUAUACAAUAAAUCAGUAGAUGAAGAAACCGAAGAUGAAAGACAGGAAUCCGCAACAAUUAACUCGGCUAGCAACAAUAAAACACAUGAAAUAGCUAAAAAGUGGUACUCGCUAGCGAAUGAAGACGAAAAGUUAUGCAUAUCGGGUACCACGACACAUAAAUGGAUUCAGGAUGAAAAUAUAGCUUCAACGCAUCAGCUAUUGACCUCUCGCAACAGUGAUCUUGAAACCAUUCUAAAGAAGGAUGCCAUUAUUGAAAAUCGAGAACGUAAAUUGAAGAUGCAUUUUAAUGAUCUCUUCGACGAAAUGAGACGCACAAAGGAACAUGAGUUAAAACGCGCAAAGGAACGCAUCGACAGGCUUCAAUAUUGCGCCUCUGAGCUGAAAACGAUGUUUGGAAUAGAUUCCUUACUAGAAUCAAUCGAUAUACCAACUUGGAACGUUGAAGAAAUACCUGACUACGUGGUAACUGUAGAAGAUCAUGAAGUGUCCAAGAAACGAUCACAGCAAGAAGAAUCCGAAAACGAGACGGUCGAGACAACUCAAGAAGAUGAAAAUAAAGACAGAAAAGAAGACAAUUUUUAUACAAAAGCUCUCGAGAGAAUGAUGGAUGGCGUAUUAGAACCUAAAUGGGAAAAUGAAGUGAAGAAAGAAGUACCUGUACCAGAAUGCCUGACUGCAAAGGAUGCUUCGAAAUACACCGACGAGGAUGUUGCAGCUAUUGCAUUAUAUGAAUCCAAAGUGCAAGCCCUGCAAGAGAAACGAGAAAAAUAUAAAGCGAUGUUGCAGGUCGAGAUUACAGAAACGAAAGAGGCCUUGCAAGAGGACAUCGCGGCGUUCAACAACAAGCUGAAGGAUGUAGAGCUGAAAAGGAUACAAAUCGACUCCGCGAUCCUUCAGGAAAGAUUGAUAAGGGUCCGCGCGAUUCGCAGAUACCAGGCCGAAGUCAACGGCAGACAGGAAAUUGCACGUUUUGAAGACGAGGAGCACGCACCAGCGACGCAGGAAGCCCUCAAGCUCGCCGACGAGUGCAACUCGCUCGAGGUGGUUGUGUCGGAGUUGAAAGCUCGAUACGACAAUCUCUGCAAGAUGGAGAAGCGGCAGGAAGCCAAGUUCCGUGGUGAAUUCGCAGACUUGAAGCAGACGAAGGUGGAACAUUUGCUGAGACAUUACAAGAAGCGACCCAGGGUCGGCCGACUCACCACCACGUCCAUCACGUACCUGACGGAAGUAGCGAGAUGUGUCACGAGUAACGAGAAGUCGGAUAUCUUACCUGACGACUGCCUGGACUUCCUCAGAGGUAUGGAUGCUUUGGACACGAUGCCCAGAAAUCUACCGCCGCAGAUUAACGCCAAUCACUGGCGAACGAUGUGCAAAUUGAGAAGAGCGAAGGUCGAGGUGGAGACAAAGGUGAGAUGCUGCGCGAUAGAAAUGGCGGAGGCGGAGCAGACGCUAUCGUUUUAUCAGAAAUCGAUGCAGACAGCCGAUAACGUCGUUGCGUGCAAGAAGGUCACUCUGGAUAACAUGGAGAAAUCCCUAGCGCAACUUGCAGAGGAGAUGGAGGUUCAACUCGUCUUGAAAAUGGGUCAGAUCGAGGUCCCGCUGCGAGGUGACCCCUCCGACUAUGCGGAUACUGUUCUCGUGACACGUGACGAGCUUCUACGUGUCAACGACAGAAUCGUCGAAGCCGGGAAACGUAAGCUGGAGGCGAUGCAGAAGUCUAUACAUUUGCGGAAGGUCGUGUCGAAACACGAAUGGCAGCAUGCUUGUGAGAAAAUGAUGCUGGACGAUCUGCAGCAAGACUUGAAGGAUGUUCGAGAGUUCAAGAUCACAAAGCACGUGCUCGAAUUCCUGAAACAUUACCCUCACAGUUUGGAUCUGGAGAAAGAAUACGGAAAGAAGCAAGCCAAUUUACAGAUGUUACGGAACAGACUUCGCGAGAUGUUGGAUGUAGAACACGCGCGUCUCCGGGAAACAAAGCUGCUGAUGGCAAAGUGGAAGAAGAAGAACGACAAGAUAACGAAGGAGAUCAAAUCGAAGUCGUCGGAUAUUGAGGAGCUUCGCCAGCUACUUAACGAUCCAUGUCGCAAAAGGGAUGAAGAGUCCCGGAGGAUGAGAUUUACUGCGAUCGCACGGCGUACCAGGCUCAUUAUGAAAGUGGAGAACAAUUACGAGCAGCUGUUAACUUUGCACGCUCGUCUGGAAGUUCUGAAAUUGCGAUCGUAUCCUGUCUUGCAGUUUAGAGCCACGUAAGAUUAACGCGUUGAGAAAAAGACUCGAAUAUUCAAUGAUGUCAAUUACGGCAAAAUUAUCCACGUUGACUCAUUGUGCAUUUAUUAAUUCAUCAAUCUCGUCUGUUAAUAAUAAACUUGUAUUAUUUAUAUAUUCACGAAUGAGUCAGGUAUAUCAAGUGCAUUUUCAACGAAUUCUCUCACAGAAUGCAGAUUCAAUGUAGAUUUAGCUCGGAUGCAUAUUAAUGACACUCGUAUAAUGAUAUUUUUAUGUUACGUUUGCAACCAGUACUUAUAUAGUGAUCUUGAUCGAGCAAAAAAUUAUGCGCAUGUAAAGAAGGAAGCUUAUUGAUUCCAAGAAGGGAAUAAGGAAAGUGAUGUCAGUGUAACAUUAUCGAAACCUAAAUGAUAACUCGGAGAUCGAAGAGAACAUGUGCCAUAUUUUCUUUUCUUAUUUAAAAACCGCAGAAGAUACAUUAAAUGUAUUUAUAGUUAAUUAUAUAGACAUAGUUGAGUAAGUUUCAUAAAAUGUAACUUUUAAUGUAAACGGAAUCUUUAAAUAAAACGUUUCUUUCUUUUAGUCAAA